AUGGUUACAGUGUGGAAGAAGGAAGCAGAGAAUGCAGAGGUGGAGGAGCAGGGCUACCUGAGCAUCCUCCAGCAGCGGGUCCCCACACACACCUUCAGACACGACCUCAACACAUUUAAAGCACAGGGGCCCCCACACUACCUAGAAUUGCCCCUGAGCGUGAGGGACGUCCGGAUAAUGCCCAACCUCAACUCCUCCUACCUGCCCAUGAUGCCCGACGGCUCGGUCAUGCUGGUGGACAACAGCAUUGUAAUAAAGGAUCUGUCUGUCUCCAGCCACCAGUCAGAAGAGGUAGGCAUGGCCUCCUUCUGCAAGAUGGAGAGCGCCACCUCCAGUUUACCCAGCAUGCUCAGCACUCUGGAGGAACACGACUUCAGCUGCACCUCAACGACUGUCCACACGGAUAACUCCAAAGAGGGGCUUGAGGUUCCCCUGGUCGCAGUGCUGCAGUGGUCCACGGCCAAGAUGCCUUUCACCAACUGUAUCUACACCCACUACAGGUUACCCAGCCUCCGCCUGGACCGCCCUCGCUUCGUGAUGACGGCCAGCUGCCCGAGCUCCGUCAGGGUGAAGGAGCACUUCAGGGUCAAGUACGUCCUGCUCAACAACCUGCAGGACUUCCUCGCCGUGAGACUGGUCUGGACACCGGACGGCCGGGGUCACUGUGAUGAUGCGGACCUGAGCGCCGUGGUGUGCCACACCCCCCUGAGUAACCUGGGCCACUGCCGCCGGGGCAGCACCCUGUCCUUCACCGUGGCCUUCCAGAUCCUCAAGCCCGGCCUGUACGAGCUGAGUCAGCACAUGAAGCUGAAGCUGCAGUUCACCGCCUCAGUGACCAACCCGCCCCCUGACGCCCGCCCACUCUCACGGAAGAACAGCCCCUCCAGCCCGGCGGUGAGGGACCUGCUGGACCGCCACCAGGCCAGCCUGGGCCGCUCGCAGUCCUUCUCCCACCAGCAGCCGUCCCGCUCAGACAUCAUGAGGUACGGCGUCCUGGCUGGAGAGUUCUGGGCCUCUGGCUAUCGGUCCGCUUUCAUCUGA